AUGGAGGACACAUGGGAACUUCAACUGACCACUACUCUUUACAUGAUCUCUGACCUCUUACUCUCCACAAACCUCACCAACACCAACUCCAGCUGCACCGUCACUAGCAUCAAGCUCUCCCCUUACUACCAACACUCCCUGGCCAUAGCAACUAGCUUCACCCUGGCCUACCUGUUCAUCUUCCUGCUGUGCAUGGUGGGUAAUGGCCUGGUGUGCCUCAUUGUUGUGAGGAACCGUCACAUGCGGACGGUCACCAACCUCUUCAUCUUCAACCUGGCUAUCAGUGACCUGCUGGUGGGCAUCUUCUGCAUCCCCACCACGCUGGUGGACAACCUCAUCACAGGUAAUACCCUACUGCUAUAGAAGAAUGGCCAAUCUCCUGUUUCUGUAGUAUGAGGCCGCUUGAUGUACAAGUACACCCACUGGACAGGAGGCUAUCGCAGGGCCUUACCCCUAAUCCAUUUCAUUAAUGCUGAGUGUCAAGCAGAGAGGCAUUGGGGUCCUCCCAUUUUUAGAGUCUUUAGUAUGACUCAACUGGGGUUCGAACCCCUCUGACCUUCAAAUCUCAGGGCGGACCCUCUAACCACAACGCCACUGAGUUAGUUUUACCCUACUGCUAUAAUGAUUCCAUAAAUUAAUAAAAACAUGCUGCUUCGUAUUGAUUACUGUUGGCCUUGAUGAAAAUAAUGACGCAACCUUUAGCGAGAGACAGUUCUUUCUAUAACAGAUUGGCCAGUUGCCUUUAGCUAUUGAUAACGACAAUUGUUAGGAAAAACUCCUCUUGUGCCUUGAAAGAAACAUCAUUAUAGCUAUUGCAAGUGGUCAUUCACAUGUAAUGUAUGAUUCCGUUUCAGCAUGGGUUUAUGUGUCUAUGUGGCUGCAAAUACACCAGCCCAGCCAGCUUUGCAAUGGUUUAGAUCAGUUCAAUUCAUUCUCACAGUACUGUAUCUUCACACAUCUCACAAACCACAAGCUGGAUCGCCAUUCUGUUGUUUUUGCUAUCUGUUUACACAUGGACUUGUGGAAAUUGCUGAUUAAUGUUUGGAUAUUUGCUGGAGUCUCAGCACUGAGAGAAUAGUCCUGGGCCUGAACAUGAUGAUCACAGCUGUCUUUCAUUUGACAGCCUGAUGAAUAACUUAACAUUUUUAGACAGUUCUUCACAAUCUCUUCAUAUUUUACAACAUCAAUACAGACAUUAGUUGAGUCUUGGCAGGAAAAGGGCUUUUAGAAAACCCCAAAUUUACAAAAGUGUGAAACACGCAUUGCCACAAAAUCACUCAGUCAGGAAGGCUUAACUUCCAGUAAUGACCUUUUCAUGGCUAAAUGAUUUCGCUGGGCAGGUACAAGCACGUCAUCCACUUCAUCCACUCUUGUCUAACAAUUUAUUUCUGUAUCUUUCAUGCAGGUUUGAAAAGUGCAAAAGCGUGAAUAUAAUACUCCUGAAGUUGUUAUCCCCUUCAUCAUCCUGACCAAACUCACAUGUACCAAACAUGGCAAAAAAACCUGUUCAAAGUGUGGCUAUUGAUACAGUAUGUCUGGCAGCUCACUAAUAAAGUAUUAUUGUUGCUAUUGUUGUUUGGCAGGUUGGCCCUUUAGCAAUGCAGUGUGUAAGCUAAGUGGUCUGGUACAGGGGAUAUCAGUGGGUGCGUCUGUAUUCACCUUGGUUGCCAUCGCUGUGGACAGGUAAGUCCCCCCCAAAGUAUCUGCACAUGGGAACUGGAAGGGGAUAGUGAGGCUCUCAUCUAUGCAUGUUAAAUACUUCAUGUUGUACAGUAAACAGUUUAAUCUAUGUGGCAGAUAAAUCGCUCAAAUGAAUCGCUUAAUCACUUCUCAUCUAUCUCUCCUCUCUCUCUCUCCUGUUAGAUUCCGCUGUAUUGUUUACCCCUUUAAGCCCAAGCUAAGCCUUCUUGUUGCUAAGGCAACUAUAGGGCUGGUAUGGGCUCUUGCGUUGGUUAUCAUGCUUCCGUCGGCUGUGAUGCUGAUGGUGGAGCAGGAGGAGGGUCACUUCAUGGUAUCCAGUGACAACCAGACCUACCCUCUCUACUACUGCUAUGAGACCUGGCCUGACCCUGAGAUGAGGAAGGUUUACACCAUGGUCCUGUUCACACAUAUCUACCUGAUGCCCCUUGUUCUCAUCAUGAUAAUGUAUGGCUGCAUUGGGGUCAAGCUCUACUCUACAGCUGUUCUGUCCAGUAGGGGGCACCCAGACGUCAAGUCCCCCAUCUACCAGAGAAAAGUCAAGGUGGUUAAGAUGCUCAUCGUGGUGGCCCUCCUCUUCAUGCUGUCCUGGCUGCCUCUCUGGACCCUGAUGCUCCUCACAGACUACGCCAGACCUGAAGGGGACCAGCUGGACCUUCUGACAGGCUACAUCUUCCCCUUCUCCCACUGGCUGGCCUUCUCCAACUCCAGCAUCAACCCCAUCAUCUAUGGCUACUUCAAUGAGAACUUUAAGAAGGGCUUCCAGGCUGCCUGUCGCCCUGGAUCAUGUUGCAGUGGGGUCCCACAGGCGCAGGCAGUGAGCAAGGCUCAGCAGGGGUGCAAUGCCAGAGCCCCGCGGAACAUAGCCCUCAGUGCCAACCUUCUCACCACCCUGGGAGUGAGGAACCGCAUCUACACCGACAGUGACCUGAUGGGCUGUGUGUGUCUGGAGAUGGAGCAGAGGAAGGAGGAAGGAUCUGCAGAGGCUCUUGGGCAGAGGGAAGUAACAGUAACGGUGGAGUGUCAGUAA